CUCGAGGAGAGGGCUCGAUCCACAAUCCCCAACGAGCCAAAAAGCCCAUUUACCUUCUCGAGUUCCCUCGCCGACUGAUCAGUACCUGCAAAUCCCUCACGUUUCCCACCACCUGCACAAAUGGUUUCGCUGGAUCGAUGUUGAGCUUGCCGUGAAGCUGGCAGAUCCUUGCCCUCUCAGGAGAAACCAUGGAGGCCGCUUCGGUGCUUCUUCACUCGAGAACAGUCCCAGUCGGGUCGAGGCUCGACUUGCAGAGGGCGCGCUCUCGCGGGCAUUUCAUCAAACACCUGCGCUGCGGCGAACACACCAGCGGUUUUCACCUCGACCGGACCGCCAAUUCCUCCCAAAGCUCGUUCCUUUGCUCGAGCAUCUCGAAUGUUUCGUUAGUACCGGCGAAGAGGGCGAGGACCCAUCUGUUGCCGCCUCUCAGAUGUUCGUACUCAAGCAAUGCAGCCGCGGAAUCUCGAAACCCCAUUACGGAACUCUUCCAGAACUUGUCGCUCGAAGCGGUGAAGGAAAAGAUUGUUCAGUUAACGCCCAUAGAUGUUGUCAAGCUGUCUGGGAUUCUGUCCAUUUCAGUUGCGGCGGCAAAGUGGACGGUCCGCUCGCUGUUGAACCCUUUCUUCUGGAUGUAUUUUAGCUGGAGUUGGUUGUUUUGGCCCUGGAUCGUGGCCAUAGCUCUGGCGAUUUACGGAUUAUAUUGUCUCCGCAAGCAUUUACGGGGCGAAGCUAAUAUCUUUGAGCAGCUUGCUGUGGUGACUUCAGCUUUUGCUUGGCUCACCCUUGUCCCUCCCGCUCACUUCAAUGGUUAUCUCGAAGGUUGGCCUUUCGUGUUUUUCUUCGUGUACCAUUACUUCUUUUUCUUCAAUGUCAGUGUGAGAAGAAGACUAUAUGGCGAUUACUAUGCUCGCCCACAUGAUCCCAAGUGGGAUAUCGACCCACCUAAAUGGCAGCGCCUCUUAUUUUGUGUUGGGGUCAUGGUUGGUCACUGGCUUGCCGCCUUGGAAGGGCCGGAGCUCCACCGCAUCCCAGGUGGAUGGAGCAAUGUGGGGGUGUGGGUCUUGAUAUUGAUAACUAUCUUGAUGCAUUACAAUUCCACAUUGUAUCUCGCGAAAUAUUCAGAGAAGGUGGUCGUGCCGACUGCAGUUGUCCAGUUUGGACCAUAUCGGUGGGUUCGUCAUCCCAUUUAUGCAUCUACAGUGCUUCUGUUCGCCGCGUAUUGCAUUGCACUUCGGGCGCCUUUGAGCUUGCUGUUUGUAGUUGCUGUAUGCUUGUUGUAUUAUCAGCAGAAAGCAAAGCUGGAGGAGGCGGUGAUGGUUGAGACAUUCGGGAGAUAUUUGGAGUAUGCUGGUAAAGUCAAGUACAAAUUCAUUCCUUUGGUAUACUAGGUUGGCAUGGGUAUGCUGCAGUUCUCUCUUGUGAAUUAUGUAGUUCCUGAAAUCAAAUUUAUGACCUUGAGGUUGAAGUUAUCAUAAUUGUCAUAAUUGUUCCUGUUGCAACUUCUCUCGCCAAUUCUAUAUAACCGUUUAUGUUACAACUUCUCUUGCUGCUUCUGCUUAGUUCUUUUACAAGGUCAAUGCCUUUGGCUUACUUUAAAUUUAUGUCACACAUUAUCAGUUAUCUCACUUUCAGCAAGAUUUUAAGGAGUAUUAUUCACUUUAGUCACAAGGCCUAGUUCACAGUCAUAGGGCCUAUGAAUACCAUAAUAUUCUGUAGAGUUGAAUUUGGAUUCACAUCUGGAAAGGGCUUGAACAGCUCGAUGGCGUUGUAAGUGCAGAUGUUGACUUCAACUCUAUAUUCUCUGUUGAUAUGUAAUAAUUCUGCAUGUCCAGUUGUUCCAGAUCAAUUUGAUGAAAUAUGCUUGUAUGAGAAACUGUGUUGCCUGGCAUCACUCUUGGCAUUGAAGCCACUGGACUAAAUGAAGGCGUUUAUUCUGAAGUGAAAGUUGCAGAAUAAAAGGAAAGCCAGUAACUUCCCUUCUUAUCUCAAAAAAUAGUGCAACUUAGGUCUGACAAAUCACUUCAAGGAGUAGAGAAUUUAUGGGAGAAGUUACUGCUCUUCAACAUGAGGUGGCAAGAAGGAAAGGCCUCUGUAUGAAAGGAUGAAAAAAAGAAAGGAACUGACAAAGGGGAAUGCACUUUUUUAUGCUAGUUGGAAAAAUUUAUAUGGCAAAAUACUAGUUGCAGAUUUGCAAUAUUUACAGAUAAGGAAGUUGAGACUUGGGAACCAAUAAGAUUUGUUAUGUACUACUGUGGGAUUCUACUUGAAGAAGAAUAUAACGGUAAAAACCAGAAAAGAACUUACUCCAGGUGCAUGUGUUUACUGAAUCGAGAUCAAAACAAUACUAUGCCAAUAUCCUUGUAUAAGCAACUGCAUUGGUGCACAGAAGAUCUUUCAGCGGAUACCAGAAAGAGGUCACUGUUGUGUAUUAUACCUUUGGCACUCCACCAAAAUAGUAAUGGUCUUUUAACAUAAUUAGUUCAAUCAUAUUUCCAA